GUGGUCUGCUGUUCUGGUAAAUGAGCUCACGGAUUAUAGAGGACGACUGACCUGCCGCUCCUGCUGCUAUCUCUCGAUAGGCGAGUACGGAAAACGAUGACGGGUGACUCUUUGCGGCGGAGAGCGACUAGGCGCCAUCCUCCUGCCCUUUCUGAUUGAGUCGGCCUUAGCGAGGGUCGAUAUAGGGCAGGCAAGAACGCCGCUGCAGCGUUGAGCUCUACGACAGAGCUAGCGGUAGUAGCAGCUGUCACGGAAAGACAGCCAUUGGUAGACAGGGGUUGUCAGAUAGGGAGCUUUGCUGCUCCUGCUGCUGUUGUUUCUGUUAGCACCUUCCAGGACAAGCAACGCUGGCAAUGGUUGUUUUGUAGCGGUAAAAGCUGUCUGUCACUGGCGAGAAGAAACGAGAGGUCCGAGCGAUAGCGUUCGGUCUGACCAAAUUCUUUCGAAGCAAGACUUAAGGUAGCAAGCUCAAGCCACGAGCUUCUCUGACACGGGAUCCGUGACGGUGCUUAAUUGCUUGCGUGUUGGUUCCAACGUGAGGUUCAUAGCAGGACGCGCAAUUUUUUUGCAGGAGCAGGUCUGUCGUUAUGUUAUGAGUUGUGCGUUGCUAGCGGCGAUUCAGUGACGAAAUUCGUGUGUGUUUCGAGUCGUUUCAAGUGACUUGACGUAUAACGUAGCGACGGCGGAAACAGAGAUCGUCUCCUAGCCAAAGGUGGAAAAAGGGACGGACCCAAAGCCUGGAAUAAUUGUUCAGCAACCGCGAUUUAUUGCAUGUUGCCGCGGUGAUUUUAAAGGUCGUUUAGAAAAGAAAAAUGCAGGCAAAUCGACAAGUUUACCGGACUUGUAGCUUGCUACCGUAGCUUGUUGAUAAACGCAGGGAUGUUGUCUACUUUAGCAGAGUCUUUACAAUUCAACCAACAAAAGGCAUAAAGAAGCGUACGGCCCGGAGUGAUCAUAGUCAAUUAUUUACGUUACCCAGUGGUGAUUUCGACAACAAAACAGCUCUAUUAGAAAUUAUUCUGAGUCUGUAGAGAGCGUUGCUUGCUGCGAUUAGUACCACGUGUGAGCAUUGAUCGUAACUCUACGCUAAUGUCAUGUGAAUGUGUCUUUAGUGAACUGAGUGCUCACUUACUUAGCCCAUCGAUGUUGACAAUGUUGUAAUAACAAGCGGCCGAAACUGACAGACAACGAAAACGGCCUAUUCCUUCGUACGGGCAUAGGACGAGAUCGAUAGUGUGUCUCUCAUUUUCCAGAUUAUACUAUCUGUGCCUUUUGUGGAGCUCGUACUGGUGAGGUAUUGUUGUUGUUUGUAUUGCUGUUUUCGUGUUGUCUUUGUUGUUAUUGAUUGUUUGGUUACCUCCACUUUUUGAGUUAGCGACACUCGCUUAAGGGGUGUCUCGAUGCGCCCAGCGUACAGCCGCGUCAUCGCCGGUGCCACCAUCCCGUCGUACUAUUCGAACCCCGCAAAUUUCCAGGAGACGGAAAUCGCUACGGGGAAACCGGCGCAGUCCGCCGCCGCCGCUCUGCGAGCGCCCAUCAACGCGCUGGCAACCUUGAUUGCCGCCACUUCAUCGUCGAUCUCGGUUAGACACCGUAACUUGAUCAUAGUCCAUAUUUUUAAUAGGUGUUAUCCAAACAGCUACCUUGGUGUUUGCGAGUUUGAACGGUGCUGCUAUCAACGACCUCAACAACCUUCGAUAAAGUGUCGGCAUCAAUACCAACGACACUGUCAUCUGGUAACGCGUGCCAGCUCAGUAGUUGACAGCCUGAAGCAUUUCAGGCAGCGAUACCGAAGCGAAAACUUGUUUUGCUACUACGGUCUUAUAAACGAUUCGAAGAGGCAGCAGCCGGUAUCGGCGGCUUCUGCCGCGAUUGGUGUUGACGGAUGUGUGACGAACACAAACGGACAUUCGCCAUUUCGUUUCACGGGGACUUGCAGAAAGCGUGAUCACAGUGAUCCGACGGUCCGCACAAAGGCUGGCGGCAAAACUCUCUUAUCGAGACGGACCUCAAGAUGGCUCCCCGUCCGGAACAUCCCGAAGGAGCUCCGACGCCAGUUCGCACCCCGAUCGAAAUUGGCGAUGAGGAGGCUAAAAAGCCUUCAGAAGACUACACGGCAGGGAAAGUCGAUACCUUCCCCAACGGUGAAGCUGCAAUGCCUCCGGUGGGGCAAACAGGACCUGCUAGCGUGACAGAACCACCUGAUGGCCGUGAGAAUGCGCCUUUGAAGCCACAGCUCUCCGCGAAAUUAGCGCGGAGCGUCAGCAAUCGUACGACUAGACCCCAACGCUGCAAUCGGCUUCCACCUCCAGAUGGUGGUUGGGGUUGGAUGGUGCUUCUGGGAGUAGUAAUCGGCAAUAUCCUCAUCAUUGGACACGCAAAAACAUUUGGAGUUUACAUUAGUACGUUCAUCGAACGUUUCAACGAAAAGCCAUCGACAGUGGCGUGGAUUCAGUCCAUACAAUUCUCCUUUUUCCUGGGUUUUGCUCCAGUUGCCUCAAUACUCGCGGAAAGAUUUUCCCCUCGAACAGUGACGUUCUGUGGGGCAGCCAUCGCUUGUGCGGGCAUGAGUCUCAGUUCUCAAGCAAAGACUCUAACUCAUCUCUACUUUUCAUAUGGGAUGCUUAUGGGACUGGCGUGUGUUUUCACCUUUACGCCUGGAGUGAUUAUGAUCGCCAAGUAUUUCGAUCGAAGGAGAGGUCUCGCCAACGGACUGGGAAUGGCAGGAAACUCUCUUGGCGGUAUCUUCAUGCCCAUUAUAGCCGACCAUUUACUUUCGGAAUAUUCGUUACACGGCGGGCUACUAAUUAUGGGUGGGAUUCUCUUGAAUGCGGCGGUUGGAGCGAUGCUUUGGCGACCCGUAGAAUCCACGACAGCGUACGUCGCCGCACUGAAACGGCAAAGUCGCGUUAUGUCGACAGGUCCACGUUUUCCGCAAACGUCACAGGGAGUUCCCAACACCGGACCAAUUCCUUCUCUAAGUGCGCGAACGCCCUCGUCCACCGCUGAUACCGCAACUACGCCACUUAUGUUUGAUGUAAGGGAGCAAGAGUACGUUAAUGGAGUACUUCCAGAGGAAGCCCCUAGUGAUUUCGUUCUAUCACUAGCUAGCGCACCGCCGCAACCCAGUACUCAGCCAACGGAACUUUCUGUGACGCCUUUGGCUCCAGCAUCAUCGGUGAGCCCGGUUCCGAUAUCAACGGCUUCAGCGCCACCCUAUUUGCCUCCAGUCAGUUCCUCAACUAGUGUUCCAGACAUCUCCGUACCGUGUGUACAGUCGACCUUCGAGGUACAGUCUCAACCAUCGACAAGCCCCCCACCAUUGCCGUUAAGCACUGCGAGUCAACGCAAAAAAGAGCAAAGAGUAAAGGAACACAAUCGUCCGCUUGAGACUCAGCAGAGCCUCGACCAUCAGUCGAUUUUUUCACAGAGUACAGCGUCGCUGUCGUCAUUCGUCUACUUGUCGACGUUCCAUUUAGGCCCGUCGUACGGCACCGUUGAGGAUAUCACCAACCUCGACUACGACGACGAAGAUGAAGCUGACGGAGAACUUUACGGACUAACUGCGGACUCCGCGAGCGACGACGAUUCUGAGGAAGAGGAGGAUUAUGAUGUCUACGAGACUGUGAGAGCCCGGAGUGACCUCAGGAUCGAUAUAACAGGCUUGCUGGCAGCGAGCGGAGGGGUUUCAACAGCUGGCACAGGUACCGUACAUGUUGAAGCUGGAAGUGCAGCCGGUGGUGAAGUUAAAACUAACGCCGAUGGACCUGCUGCUCCGGUCCAAGGAGCCAAGGGACUCGAGGUCAUACUUCAACCGAAAAAAGCGGUUACGCCGACGCUCGAAAACGUGGCGACUGCGGCAAUGGAACAAGUAAAUGAGGUACCUAUAGUGCUAACUGACGGAUCACAAGCUCGUUCGGCUAGUCGGCGAAAGCAGCUAACAAUUGAUAGAACAAAUUCUACGAACGUUUCAAUAAAACCUGCUACUGGCGAUGGCAUAACGCUUGCACGUGGCGGCAGCGUUGCGAAAACCCGAAACCGCCCGCCCCCCUCGGCGCGUCUCAAUCGACCUGGAGGCCACAGUGGCGGAAACAAGUACUUGGACUUUUCGUUCUUCCACUCGAGCGUCUUCUAUGUUAUGAUGGUCCCUUUGUUCCUGCAUAAUAUCGGCUACCCUACCAUUCAAAUGUAUACGCCGCUGUAUGCCCGAUCGCUCGGCUUUUCCACGUCUGACUCUGCCCGUUGUCUUUCCUUCCUUGCGUUUGCCGACGUUGUCGGCCGUAUCGGUUGUGCGUGGUUGUCAGAUUUGCAUCUGUGCAAACGGAAGUACUUUUAUAUGGCUGGCAUGUUCCUCUCGGGUCUCGUGGCUUACUUCAUGCCGUUAACCAAAACCUACGUCCAAUUACUACUUUGCACCUCCGGUUUUGGCCUCGCGUCCGGAGCCUAUAUCGGUUUAACCGUUGCACUGUUCGCUGAUGCAUUUGGCAAUGAAAUGGUGGCAAAAGCACACUCCAUGGCGACGAUGUGCACGGGUAUCGCAGGCCUAGCUGGUGGCCCAUUUAUCGGCUAUGUGCUUGAGAAGACUAACAGUUUCUUCGUCUGUUACGCGAUCCUGGGCAGUUGUCAGAUCCUGGGCGGACUCGUCUACCUUUUAGAGCCUUGGGCCGCCCAGAUCGAAGCCAACAAACAACGUACCCAUCAGUGGGUUUGAACCACCAAAUUUAAGCGGUCUAUAGCUAGCGUAAAAAGUUGGGAACCACCCAGAUUGACGAAGACACCAGCCUCGGAUAAUCCGAUGUAGGCACUGGGUUAGGACGUGCUACUAUUUGACCCAUUCACUUACUACGAGAAGCCGGAUUUUAGCCUAUUUGGAACGAACGUAAGAAGCCCCGACAGGAGUUUCCGUUAAGCCCAACAGUGCGGCCAAAAAUGCAUCGUUCAAAAGAAGCAGUCUGGUAGAGCCUUUUAAAUGGGGACAAAAACCUCAACUAUCAAAAGUGUUGCAAGUCGACGACGUACACAAGAGGUCAAUAAUGAUCUACAUCCAUCUACUAAUGCCGUAAUUUCACUCAGACACGAAUACAAAUAAUAAAAAAAACACAGACCGAUGACGCACACACCAAAUAGCUCUGUUUAACGGCAAAAGAAGCAACUGAUUGAUGAGAAUCUGUGACAUUGGCCGAUUGCAACAUGUAGACGGGGCACAUUCAGUUCACGUAUUAUACAUAUGUUCAAAGAAAGGGACACAAACCUAUAGUGCGAUCGCCUCUCUGUCCUCAUUUUUGUAUAUAAUGAAAGCGAAAAACCAUAAACGACCAGUAACUUUUUCCUGUAUACUGCAUGCAUAGAGUUAGAGAAUGGAUUUUCAAAUAGGCGCUACAAACGGACGGAGGAGUCACAAAUGUCAACGAGGACUCGAAGUUACCCACAGUGAACGCUGAAGCAACAUAAAAUAGAAAGAAGUCUGCAUCGCGAUUUAGAAGAUGCACAAAAAAGUAGUGGAAACAGACCUCAUCAUAUUAUGAGCAUAUUAUAUGGGGAUUAAUACUUCCGGCAGUUAUGAGUUGAUGUAGCUCGAUAAAACGUAUGCGAUUGUCGUUAGGUGCAGCUAAGGUGGCAACGAAGUUCUCGCUGCCUGAGUUAGAAUUGGAGGCUGUUACCUAAACAAUAGAUAAUAUAAUAAAUACACAAAAACGAACUGUAGGACAAGUAAUCAUCAACCAAGGCCAGACUUGUCUCCGGAUUUUGUGUUUUCAAAAUACCUAUUGUCAUUACCCUACCUGCAUGAGGAAUUAUCUUGACACAGGGCUUCGAUGCCAGAUGCCAAGCUCAUACUUAUUAUGAACUAAGUAAAUUUUGUAGGCUUCCGUUCUUACGUUUCCAUGGGGUCAACAUAACGUUACCUACGUAAUAGCUUUUGAGCAGUGAAAGCUGUCGAACUCCCAGAAUUAAGAUAAAAGGUGAUUUAAAUGAUAGAUAUGGAACCAUAUGGAAAAAUACACGACGUGAAACGGGAACAGUCAUUGAAUGAAUAAGAUAGUGGAGUUGAGUAAAUGUCGAGGCCGACGAGGGGCCUGAGUUUCAUUGGACGUUACCUAGGGACAUAAAACAGCUAAGCGCUAGUAAACGCCGAACUGGCGCUUCCAUUGUACUAUUUUCGUACGUUGAAGUUGGAUGAUGCAUCGGACAGAUGACCUAUAAUGAAUACAACACAAAAAACGACCGCAACAAAUACCGGUGACGUCAUCCUAUAGUCGACAGUAACAAAAUAAAAUGAUAUUUAAUAUUUAAUCAAUAACAAAAUAUACCUAGAAAUAUUAUAAUUAAUAGUAGUACUCUAUAGCGUUCAUCUAUGGAGCAAUCAUAAAUAAAUACUAAUU